GCGAGGGAAUAGAGGAGUGCGCGUGAGGUUGUGCCGCUCUGUCCUGUCUCCCUCCUCCCCGGCUGUAGUGCUAGAGGCCGGGCGCGUGUGCGCAGCGACCGACGCUCCGUUUCCAAUCGGCGGUAGACCCAGCGCACCAUGGCCGAUGAGAUUGAUUUCACGACUGGAGAUGCUGGUGCUUCCUCCACCUACCCCAUGCAGUGCUCUGCGCUGCGCAAGAACGGCUUCGUCGUGCUCAAGGGACGUCCUUGCAAAAUUGUUGAAAUGUCAACCUCUAAGACCGGCAAACAUGGUCAUGCCAAGGUUCAUUUGGUUGGUAUUGAUAUUUUCACUGGCAAAAAAUAUGAAGAUAUCUGCCCAUCCACUCAUAACAUGGAUGUUCCAAAUAUCAAGAGGAAUGACUAUCAACUGAUCUGUAUUCAGGAUGGCUACCUCUCUCUGCUGACAGAAAGCGGUGAAGUUCGUGAGGAUCUGAAGCUGCCAGAAGGUGAUCUAGGCAAAGAAAUAGAGGGGAAAUACAAUGCAGGUGAAGAUGUACAGGUGUCAGUCAUGUGUGCAAUGAGCGAAGAAUAUGCUGUAGCCAUAAAGCCCUGCAAAUAAAUGGGAUCUCCAGGCUCGAGCAAUUGCUCAGGUCCAGACAAACCACAGAUCUUAAAUUUGGUUCUGAUUGUCACCAAAGCUAUGGCCUUCACAAGCAACCUCAUUUCUUUUUGGAUUGUUUCAAAAUAGUGCUGGAUUCUGGAUUAGUGUUGCAGGCUGACUGGCAAUUUUCAUAAUCACUGAGGUUUUAAUUCCUUAUGAAUUGUGUAACUAACAUGCCUGUAGGUUUCAGUUCAUGGGUCCAAGAAACCUGAUGGUUUCAUUCAUUAGCAGGUAUAUUUUAUUUGUUUGAGCAAAACAUGUCUGUUCACACAGACAAUGUACAGUAUUCAGGGGAUUUUAGAUAAAAUAGUAGAUGGUUUCUAGGAUUCUAAAUUAACCUAGAACAUAAAUAGUAUUUAGCUUUUUUGCCAUAACAUUUAGCUAGAACUGACAUAGAAUUGUUUUAACUUAGACAUUCAUAUCUUGUGAAUUGGGAUUCUCAUUGAAUUGUGGGUGCUGAUCACAUUUCUUAGACCAUGAAACUCAAGUGAUUAAAAAAAAAAUGCCAAUUAGCUUGACAAAGUCCUGGUGGCCAUGUGCAACUAACUGUAUUACCUCUUGUUAUAAUCUCCCUUUGCCAACUUGUUGGCUUGCUUAUUGUAACUUUAUAAAAAUGUCAAUCUGCCUUUGGUGUAGGCAGGCAGUCAGAAUGUUGGUUGGAUGUUACAUAGCCAGAUUAAAGGUGCACAAGUAGGUGGGAUUAGAUGUUAAAGUGAGACUUUCACUUGAGGCCUUUGUCAGACUUAAAUAAUAAAAAUAGAAAAAUGCAGUUCAGUUGCUCUUAUUGUAUUAUCUUAAACUAUAAAAAGGAGUGACUAACUCCACAGGAAUCUCUUGCAGUGCUUCCAGUGUUAGGUGUAAAUGUUCAGGUUCUAACUACUUGGAUUUUGUAGCACAAGGAGUAUAGGUUUUUGACCACUUUUUUUUUUUUUUUUAAAUGAAUUGUAGCAUUGGAACUUAAAUGCACAUCUUUCAUGUGUAAAGGCAACCUAACUAUUCAAAUGCAAACAUUUUUGCAUUUAUAAAUAAAAUAUAGGCACAGCAGACACCAAUAUAAAACAUAAUCAUUGCUCAAAUAGGGGAGUAGUAGUAAUAAGUUACUACGUGUAACUGUUCUAGAAAUAAACAUGGCAGAAGCUACAUAGGUAGCUUGCCAUCAACACAGCAGUUCCUGACUCAUUUAAAAAUGUGUAUUUAGGCAUGACUUCGUUAACUUAAUGGCAAACAUGAAAGGCUCUGCAAAACUGACAGAAUUGUCACUAACUUAGCAUCUUGUGCUUUCUGUAUGGUGCUCUUACACAUGAAUUUCAUUCUUCUACUAUAAAUUCAUUCUCAGACUAGUUCAUGGCUUAAACUUCAAGUCACAUUUUCCUAUAAUGGGUCUUGGCAGAACUAGAUUUGUUUUUUUAUAUUAAGCAUUUUUAUCAAACUUUAAAUUUCAGUUGUAGGAAAUUUGGGAGCAGGGUGAGCUGUCUACUUAAUGACAGCAGAUGUUGAGAUUCAAAGUUAAUUAUAAAUCUCUAAAACACAAAUGGCCAACAUCACGUGUCAAAAUCUACAGUUAGAUGUCCUUAAAUCAAACUAAGUUUUCAAGCAGCAUUUUUCUUUAUCUGUACAUUUUGUUUAUCAAUGUAGACAUUUUAGUUGGUUUGAGCAUGGUCAAAUGGCUAUUUAAAAAUCUGUCCUUCCAAGCCUACUUCUAAUGAACCACUUUAUAAACUUGCCUUAAGCUUCAAUGGCUGUUGACUAAUUUGGGAUGAUUUAAAUACUUGGAAUACUGCCCUUGCAAAUGGAGUAGAGCAACUAUCUUAUGAGUUGAACUUGUAUAUGAAACUUAAUCUAUAUCCUGGUAGACUACAGUGAACCUGAGUGAUGAAAAGUAAAACACACACUGACACUAGGCAUGUGCCUAGUAUACCAUGAUAGAGGGGGGACAAGCAUCGUGCAGCUCAGGCUAGCAAUAAAUAGUUACCUAAUCCAUCUCAAAGCACAAUGUACUGUAACUAUCCUUACAGCAGUCAAGUAUCACUACAUAUUUCUGCCUUGCUUACAGGGCAUUGUGAUUGAACUUCCUAAAUAGCACCUUGUUUCAUAUGCAACAAUAAACUGAAUUCUUAAAACAAGGCUCUGCACCCUAUUACAGGCUGAAACCUGUGUUAACUAUAGUGCUUUCUUAAGAGCUAAACCUCAAUGCUCUCCUUGUCUUCCUGUACCCCACCAGGAAGUGGAGGGUAGGAGGGAACAGCAGUGCUUGUUAUGUUUCAAUAUCUCAUGGUGUGGGUCAAUAAAAACCAGUGCCUCUGGACCUGGUCUUAAGGACAAGAUGAGGUGCCUGCAACCAGCUAGGAUGUCUAGCACUGACAUAACCAAGCUAAUGCAAGUUCUGGCUGCUAGAACUAUAUUAAAAUAUAGUUCAAAGGCUGGACAAAUUCAACUAGUGUAGCAUCUUACAGUGUUAGUACAAUUUUAAAGGUCUCAUAUGCAACUAAAACAUUUGAUGCAAUCAGACAUUGGAUGCAGCUCGUCCACAAGUGUCUGGAAAGUAUAGGACUAGCUAUCUCAAAGUAGUCCCUUGAUUGAGAGAUUUCUUAAGGCUAAAAGGCAGUUCUACUAACCACUGCCUGCAGUUCUUCAAAAUGUAGGUUUGAGAUGAGAGUACUUCUCCAAGCAAGAGUUUGUUCCGUUAGCUGGUUCUGUAGCAGUCUUGCGUAUGACUAAAUACCUAUUGCUUAUCCACCUUUGUAAGGCACUUUGAGAUCUAUGAAAGUAAUUAGGUCAUCAUACAUAUGGAAUUGCCUGGCGAAAACUAAUCUAUUACUAGUAUCUUGGACACUUCAUCAGUUAAGCUACAGUAUUAUGUUUUACUAAACUUAAAACCAAUGUUUGAGCUAUUUAAUAGCAAGCUAUUUCAGCUUACUGUCAAGUCAUAUUUACAAUAAACCUUUGAAUUGCUACUAGUAGCAAUUCAAACUGCUGCAUCUUCCUGAAAUCUCGAUCAGAAAUGUCAUGAGGUGAAUUUCUUGCUCUCAAAGCUUCACUUUAAAACAGAUCUCAUCUAUUUACCUGGUUUGUACUACUAGCUUCUAAAUUAAGGGAUUUUAUUAACUUGCUGCUACCAGAACAUGAAAACUGCAAACUCUUAGCAGCUGCUGCAAUUCCCUAAAUUAAAAGGUGGAAAACUAGGGGGUGUAGGAAAUAUUUUCACUUACUGUUACACUUUUAUGGCACCAGUCUUUAUAGGGUUUUUCUUUUCAAUUCUUUAAAUGUACUAUAGGCUGUUUUUUGCCUCAAGUGUUGAUAAAUAUUAUUUAACAACUUAAAUGGACCCUUUUAAUUUUUGCUUGAUAUGGUUGCUUUUCAACUAGACUAUUGCCAGUUGAGCCAUGGUUUGAAUGCAUUGUUCUCAGGGCUGAAGUUCAUUAUUUUAACAGUAACUGCUUGCAAGUCUCUUACAGGGUUUUUCUGAUUCAUAGUCACCUGUAGCUUUCCCGAGAUGGUGCAGUCUAUAUAAUCUCAGAAUACUGUAUUUUACAUAAUCUGUAAAAGAAUCACAUUUGGGAAUAGGUCAAACUAUUGUAGUUAGUAGGCUUACUGAAGUCAAGCAUGUUAAAAUAUUAAAUGGGCUUCAAAAUUCAAUAAAAUACACUUUUUGUUGGAUAAUUAGAAUAUAGUUUUACAAGAAUUCAGGUUUGGAAAGGAAGAUUCAGUAUGUCCUUACUAUUAAGGCAGUUGGGUAUCACAUUGAAUUUUAUGCAUCAAGACAAUUUUAAUGAAGGUAUAAAUCUUAAUGAAUAUAUUAUGCUAAACAUAUGGUUGAAUUUUAGUUUUGCACAGUCCAUUUAGAGCUUCUUGAGUCUCAUUUUAACAUCUGUAGUCUAACCCUAAAGUAUUUGGCUUUUGAGGGUGAUUCUGUAUUGUAGUAAAUAACCAGUGUAAACUUAGAAACUCUCUUGUUUAGUUUUAAUGCUUGCUGCAUAUUACUGUAAAAUAAAUGAUACCCCAUUAUUCUCAAAUUAUUCUAUGAUAAACAUAUCAAGUACUA